ACUCAGAAGCAGCUAUCUGAAGACAUCUGAACGCUGAGGAUACAAUUUCACAUAGCUCCCAGCCUUCGGGGAGGAACGGCCGUCACUGGAAAGGCACAAAAUAAAAGGCUUACGUCAUCCGUUGUCCAAGCAACUGGAACCCCACGUGCCGAGGAAAUUUUUGAGUGAUUGGGACGAGGUGGCGCACUGCAUCAUGGGUAGGUGAAGAAUAAGCAAAGAUGGCGGACACCGAUGAUACGACGUCCGUCGGUUCUCGGCCGAAAACGGCCUUAAUGAAGCGACAUGAACAAUUGCAACGCUGGAAAGGCUCAGAACUGGACAGGGAACGAAGUAAUGUUGAUCCAAAGAGGAUAAAAGUGAAAUUUAACCAGGGAUGUGUGUUUCUGGCGGCAUGUGCGAGUGGCGACACGGACGAGGUGAAGAAAAUGUUGGGAAAAGGGGCCGACAUAAAUUAUGCAAAUGUUGACGGCCUGACCGCCCUCCAUCAAGCUGUCAUCGAUGAGAAGCUUGAGAUGGUGGAGUUCCUGGUGGAGAGUGGGGCUGACAUAGAAGCGCAGGACAACGAAGGCUGGACACCGCUCCAUGCUGCAGCCUCCUGCGGCUUCCUGGACAUAGCACAGUAUCUUGUAGACAAUGGGGCCAAUGUUGCAGCUGUUAAUAAUGAGGGGGAAAUCCCCUUGGACCUGGCUGAAGAGGAGGACAUGGAAGAGUAUCUACAAAACAUCAUUGACAAGCUGGGUCUUGAUGUUGAAAAUGCCAGGAAUGAGGAAGAACAACGCAUGUUGACUGAUGCCAACCAGUGGCUCAACACGAAAAAUAUUAAAGAGAAGCGACAUCCAAAGUCUGGUGCCACAGCACUCCACGUGGCCGCUGCCAAAGGUUAUAUAAAAGUUAUGAGUAUUCUUAUACAAGCCGGCGCCAACGUUGACGAAAUAGACAACGAUGGGUGGACGCCACUCCACGCCGCAUCGCACUGGGGGCAGAAGGAGGCUGUGGAAUCACUAGUGGAGAAUAUGUGCGACAUGGACCACAAAAACAAACUUGGUCAGACUGCCUUUGACCUGGCCGACGACGAAAUGUUGAAGUGGUUAGAAGAACUGAAAAAGAAACAAGCUUCUUUGAAGAAAGAAGAGAAGCCAUCUGCUCCAAGAAUUGAAGCUAAGAACCCUCCACCCUUCAAGAGAAGAACGGCAAGUAGUCUCAAAAAUCGUCCUGAGAUGAAUUGGUCUUCCGUUACACGCAUUAGUGUUCCUGACCGCAACAUGCUGCUACACCAAGAUAUGGCGAAGGAGCGGCGCGAGUUGGAACUGAAGAUUCACGGCAAGGACAGUGAGAAGGAAAAGCCGGCCAGUAAUGUGAAACCGAAGUCACCGACUGGCCCCAGUCGGGCACACGGGCCGACCGUUGUCGCAAAACGGAAGAUAACCCCCUGGGUCGCUCAAAGGCCCAUUUUCCCUGAUUAUGAAGAGCGGGAACGGGGCAGCACAGUUAAAGCCAGCACCAUUCAAGGGCCCCGACGUUCUGGUGGUUUCACCAAAGUUGGCACAUUGGAAUACAGUGUAACUAAUGCGGAGUCGUACAUGUACCUUCGCAAUCCGUGGGAAGUCGACACUCUGGAGAAGAAGACGAUGGAGUCCUCCAGCUCUAGUGAGAGCGAGAGUGAGAGCUCGGAGGAUGACAGCAAGAACCGAUCCGCCAAGAACCGCGGCAGCCUCAACCACAACAAGCCAGGCGAGGUCAACACCAGGCAAGCCAACCGAGCCGGGAAUCUACCCCAAGUCCCUGCCACCCCAACAACGCCUGCAAAGAAAGAGGUCCCCAGCUUCUCCCCCAAGCCACUGCAGCCCCCAAGGCAAGACUCCAAGGAGGAAGCCACUCCGGCCUGGCGGCAGGGCCUGCGGAAGUCGGGCAGUGCCAGCGUGGUGGCUGACACUGUCCAGAAACCGGACAAGGAGCCAGAGAAGCUGCCCCGGUCAUCAUCCAGUCCCAAGCUGACCAUGACGGAGGAGCGGGCCAAGCAAUCAGUCAGUGAGAGGCAGGAUAGGCUAGGGCGGCUAACGGAGGACAAGCCGGUUGAAACCAAAACGUCGGAACCGAAGCCCGAAGAAAAACCCGGCAGGGAGUACGGAAUUUCCUCGCGAGGCGGGUCGUUCACGAGACGUCCCCGCAUCAUUGCCGAUGUAACCACCGACCAGGACAAAGGCCCGGACACUGACCGGAACACGACCAUAACCGCAACCAUAACCACCACCACUACCCCUUCUGUAACCACGGCAACAACUACCGUUCCAACAAACGGGAGAAGGUCGUACAUGACACCUGCCAAGGACGAGGAGUCGGAAACGCAACGUAGAGUAAGGGCUAAGCGGGAAAGGUCAUCACGGAGAUCAACUCAGGGAGUGACAGCAGAAGACUUAGAGGGUGCUAAGACUGCAAUUCAAAAGAAAGAUGACAAGGAGAAAGACAAUAAGAACGAACCCCAGAAGGAUAAUAAGAAAGAAGAGGAGCCUCCUAGGCCAUCUCGGAGAAUUGGAAGGGUAUCACUUACGAGCAACAAGGAGGAGCCGGAACCAGUUCAGCAGUUUUCAGGACGAAGGGGUCAGGAUAACCAGGCUAACACCACAGCGACCUUCACAGCUCGGCCUGGCCGGCUGGGUUCAGCAUCAACCGAUACCACCAGUACCUCAGUGCGCACAGCUAGACUCCCAUCACAUGGCACUGAUGAAGCCAAGGAGAAAGAGCGACGAGAGAGUGCCCGGAAAGACCACGAGCAGGAGCGUCUGCGGAAAGAGCGGGAGAAGGAGAAGGAGCGGGAGAAGGAGAAAGAGAAGGACGACGACGACAAGUCGCCCAAGAAGCACAGCACCAUCUCGAGACGUCGGCCCCGUGAACGGCGACGUGCCACUGGGGUCAUUUACAUCGAUGAAGAGAACGAAGACGAAUCAGAGGACUCACAAGUAGAAGAUAAAGAUAAACUUUCUGAAAAGACUGCAGAUCGGUACAGCAGACCACUUUCAACAAGCUCGAUAGGUAGCAGACACAGUGACACUUCCUCAACACCAUCUUUAUCUGAUCGCUAUGCAAGCCGCACCGGGUCAGGGUCUUCUUACACUCGGGACAGAGACAGGGACCGAGAUCGCGAGAACGAGAAGACGGCUGCAGGAACACCCUGUCAGAACUGCAAAAAGCUGUUCGAAGAGCAGCAGUCAUUGGUCACAAAACUCCAGGACCAGGUCAAAGAGCGUGACCUCGAGGUCGCCGGGCUGAAGAUGCAGUUGGAGAAGGCCCAGCAGAAAUCGGAUCGGUUCGAUACCAAGUCGGUUGAUAACGAAAAGAGGGAGAGAAGGGCACUAGAAAGAAGGCUCUCAGAAUUGGAGGAAGAACUCAAGGCUAUGGAGCAACUGAAGGCAGACAACCAACGUCUUAAGGACGAGAAUGGAGCUUUAGUACGAGUCAUAAGCAAGCUGUCCAAAUGAUGAAUCUCUCUUGCUAGCGUCAUGUAGUGUUUUCAUUUAUCGUUUUGAUGUCUUCAUUUCUUCCAGGGGAGAAAGAGAGAAACAAACCCAAAAAAAUCACCAGAAAAAGGGUUAGAGAUGAUGCCGUGGUCGUGUGUGUUCAAAGUAGAGGCUAGCUUGGGAAGAUUUGAUGCUGCGUAUUGCUUAGACACUGCCAUGCACGUGAAUGCAUGACCAUUAUUCACAUAACUGCGUUUAGAUGUACGCAGUUUGCCUUACCUGUCUUAAGUAAAGACUACAAACUCAGAGGCCCCCCUCUUCCAAAAUUAUUUUGGAGUUGGGGGGGUUCUUUCAAAAUCAAAACAGAAGCCAUUGUCGAUUUUCAGUGGGACUCGUCACAUUACACAGCAAACUCUCUCUGUGUCCUCCUCGCCCCGAUUGGGAUUAAACAUCUUCAACACAGUGUUUGGUACAUUGGUUGGCAUUGGUAGUACGCUUUUGGCCGAGUGGCCGCCAGUUUGUCCAUUGUGUCGAAAUGGGUCAAGCUGAACGCAGUGUGUCACCAAUCUGCUCGGUGAUCAUAAUCAUGUAAGGGGCAUUUACAUAGCGUGUAUAAGCAACUCACUUGCAAUGGCAAGCGUGCGUGGAGGUCUCAUCUGCGUGCAGGAUCAUCUCAGCCCUUUUGGACGUAGUGCAAAUCAGGGUGAGCGCCAUCUAGAUUGUGGUUUACAAAAACUUGUGAGUUCAGGGAUUCGUGUAGAGGCUGCCAUUUUUUGGGAGGCAGGCAAAAGAUUCAACUGUUCAGCAUGUCUUUGGUUGAUUUUUGUUUUCCCUCUUUUUUUGAAGAAAGUGUCUAUUUUCAGUUUAAGUCCUAUGUGAUAUUUUUAUGCAGUGUCAUCUAAAUGGCCUAUCUAACAUUAAAUAAAGCACUUGUAGAUCUAUUAUAACAGCAUCAUUAGCGUCCACCGUUCUCUGCAAAUUGAGCCUUCUUUUUUGGUUCAGUUUGGAACGACAAGCAACUUCAAAGGAUGUAUCGGUUAACUGAAAAAGAAAAACCCUACGAAGCCCAGACCGUUUGUGAUGCACUUGGCCAAGUUGUAACUGAAGGGACAUGAUUUUCACUGGUGAGACAUUGAAUUAUUCGGACAGUUGCUGUAUCAUCUUGCAAAAUUGCAUAGAAACAGUCUGCACAUUUGUGCUGCAGAUUGCCCUGAAAAUGGCAGCCUUCCAUAGGUCCUACCUCCCCAGAAUGUCCGCAUCAUCUUCUGAUGCUGUGACAUUGAGGUUGUAUCGAGCGUAUGUAGCCUUCCCCGUACUCUUUGUUGGGCAGUGGAGCAAACUUGAUUACUCUGGACAGUACUGCCCUCAAGACUAGCUCAGCUUCCUUCCGAGUUCUUCCUGUAGGAAGUUGGAUCUCAGCUAGAUGGGGUUAGUCAUGCUCGUCUUAGCACUAGCAGAAGUGAACAAGGAGCCUAUGGACCAUAGAGCAUAUUCCCAGAAUUCCCUCCGUCUCUCUAAACAGAGUUGAUGCAUGAAGUCCAAUGCAUGAAGUGCGCAAACCCAAGGUUUUUCCCAGGGAUGAAGUUUACAGUUGUUUUGUUUGACAUGUUCAGUGGUUCUUGUCAGCUUCUGCAUUUGGCUUCAUCCUGUUAAAGGGCGUGCCUUUUGUACGUUUAGUGGACGGGUGCAUCUGCCCUGAAGAUUCUUCUGAGUUGACUUCAUAUUUGCAUCUUGAUGCAGAAGGAUGUUUGGCCACCUUGUAAUCACAGACUCAUUGCAGUUUGACAGUUUAGGAGUCGAAGGGCUGCCUCAAGUAUGCUUAAAGCAGACCUUGAUACUACUUAAGUCACAACUCAAAGGAAUGCAGAGUUUUGCUCCACUGCCUAAUAGCUACUCCAUGAGUUUCUCAAGAGUUGUCAUAGCUUGUAAUUUGACUGUUGUGUUUUCCAUCUUUCCAUUUCACUAGUGUAGAGUUUUUCAGUAGCAGCGUAACCUGUACAUAACCCCUCACCCUCUUCACAAAAUAAUCAUGUACAAGUGACACAAGAAACUGAAAAUGCUAAGAGGGAGAGUUUUAAAAGUAAAAAAAAAAGUCACAGGAAACUUAAAAGAACUUUCAACUGUUAAUUUGUAAAUUGUACAGAAAAAUAAUGUUUAGCCUUUUUGUAGGCAGGGGAGAGUAACGUGUUAAGACCUCAGGUGACGCCAUAUUGCAAGUAGACUAAUACUGUUAAGGGGUGCAUUGUAUUUUUUGAGAUGGGGUUUAGAAGUUCAAGAAGUUAAAGGAAGAAUUGGCAUGUUGCCAGUAACUUAUUACAGUUCCUGUACGGUGUGCCAGGAUGCUCUUACUGAUGACAAGUAGAGUAUUUUCCAGGUAUAAGGAUUCGUCUGUGAUGCACAUGCUACACUGCUCAGUCGAAUAGUGGUGGCAGAAGUGGGAUAGCCAAGCCCAUGCUACACACUGCUCAGUGGAAGAGUGAUGGCAGAAGUGGGAUAGCCAUGCCCAUGCUAGACAUUGCUCAGUGGAAAGAUGGUGGCAGAAGCGGGAUAGCCAUGGCUGUUAAGAAAAUGCAGGACAGUUCAUACUCGGUGCUUUCAUGGAACUUGUGAAUCUGCGGCACAGUGACUCUGCCUUCAGUGCCUUUCUUCCGCCAACAUCUUGAACUUUUUUUCCUCCAGAGUUUGCCUUGUGAUUUUGCAGUGGGCAAUGAAAAUCAACUUUUGUUGGUAAGGGACGUACCGUAUUUAGCAUGUGUGCAAUAUAUGGCAUCUGGAUCUUCGUUAACAAAACAUAGAUUCUAUUUAUUGUAGUUGUUAAUCCACAUGCCGCCAAGAUACAGUAAGUUGUCAGAAUUUUUUUGUAGUUGAAUUAGAAACGGUUUGAAGGAAUUAUCUUUGGUAGGUCCACUCUAGUUGAUUUCCCUACGCUCAGUUUGUUCUUAGAAAGUCACUGUGACCUUUCUUUUCUGGUGAAAGUUUCAUAGUUGACCAGUAACUGGAACUUUCAGAUUGCAAAGGCACUCCAGGAAAAGGAAAAUCCAAGAGACGUCUCCAAGCAGAAGACAAAAAAAAACCAGAUUGAAAAACUAAACUCAAAUCAUUAUGAAGAAUAUUCUGGGCACGAUAUCCGUCCAGAGAAUGGUUUCAGUUGUAACAACUUUCAAGUGUAGAAGCUGAGGUCUUUUGUAGACUUUAGUCUGUAAGUUUUCACAGUUUGUAAUACUGAGAUUUCUUCCCAAGAAGGACAUUUUUGAAACUAUGUGCCCACUGGUCAGAAUAAAAUAUGUCAUUUCUUCAUUUCCUUUAUUUCAUAUUUCAAGUCAUUUGGAGCUCAUGCUGUAUGGCACGUGUCCUUGCCUUUUUGUACUUUUUGUAUAUUUGUAUAAAAAUAGAUUGUAUUUUAAUAGGUUUAAUAUUGUGGGCCCUGUUAGCUUAUUAUUGGCUUAUUAUUUAAUAGUUUUAUUUUAUACUAGCACCUUUAACCUGCUUAAGCCAGCUGUGUAGCAUUGAUAUUCCCUGAUUUCAAGGAGCGCACUGUCUAGAGCCCAUUUUGUGCUGUAUAGAAAAGUAUACAAGAUUUGUCCGUCAAACAUUGGAAGUUUCAGAAUGUGCCAUCAGCAUUUUGUACAAAAUCUGCAUUUCUUAAUUCCUUUUGAAUGUGCUUGUUUUUUUGGGGGGGGGGUGUUUUGUUUUUCAGACAAAAUUUGAAAAUUCUGCAGAAGGAAACCUGUGCUUGGACUCUUUCAGUGUCAAAUCAAAAAAUCUCCAAAUGUUAUCCCCCCAACACAUUUAGAAAGUCCCAUGUCAGCACGCUGUCAUUCACGUACAACUUUAAGAUCAUCUUUGAACUCUCUGUUCAUUUCCCAGCAUCUUUCCUGGAGACUCACGCCCCCAAGUCUCCAGGCUUUGGCCGAGGUUUUUGAGCAUCACUCUAAAACUCAUUACUCAAAACUGUUGGCAAGACCUGGGUACUUAUCAUUGAUACGAGAACACACUCACCAGCUGUGGCUUUCUUGAGCUUGGAAUUUUUAUCCAAGUCGGCGCCGAUCACUGGUGGUUUUAAAUGUGCUUAAAACGUCUGUGGGAGAUAUAGCAUACAACCUCCAUUAAAACCACGGCACUCAUAGUUGCAGUUGGUCAAUAAUCUUUGGACAUUUUUCUCUGACGAAUAGCUCCGUUAAUUGAGCUGUUGAAUUGAAAAGCUUAUUUUUUUCUUGAUUUUCUCAUUUAUAUGUUGACAUUGCAGAUUUAAGCACAUGUCUUUCAUUUCAUCAUGUCUGUUGCUGUGAUGGCUGCUUGAAUAGAGUGACAGCUUACAACAUUUCUCAAUCUCGCUAAUAACAAGUGCAUUAAAAUGUGCAUCAGUACCACUAGGCAUUAACAAAGAGCAGAGCAUAAAUAAUUGCAUUUCUCUUUUUUGUGGCCAUGCUUUGUGUCUUCCAACCAAGAAAAUCUCUAGUAAUUAUGAUUUGCAUGCACAAAAAUACUUAUUAAUGACACCAGUUACCAGUGUAAUUGAGUCUGUAUUUUUUACCAUAUUUAUUUAUUGUAGACUGGACGUCAGUAACAACUUAAAGUUUCAGAUAAAUAAUGAUCGAGUGGAACAACUCUAUGUACAAGCGACAAGAAAUUUAAAUACAGUUGUUGAGUUAGAAUGUUAAAAGUCCUUUCGUUGAGUGUUUUUGGAACAUGGAAGGGACAUGUUGUAAUAUUGUGAAUACUAUUCUAGAAUACCAGCUGAAUUUUUUCCUUAAUACAGACUUUGGAUUGCCAUGUCAGAGUGUUGAUUACCAAUAGUCGAGUUCUGAAGAAACAAUCAAUAACUUGGAAGUGGGCAGAUGUUUUGAGGGGUAUGUAGAAAACUGCAUGAAACGGCCGUCUGCUUUUCCUGCAGUCCGCAUCAGCAGACGACUGUUUGAGGACUUUUCUUGGGUAGGUUUGUUUCAAUUUAUACAUUGAGGGCUGUUUGAAGUCACUUUCUUUGGGUAUUAUGAGUAGUGCUUUUUGAGUAAAACUUACACAAAUAUUCCUGCUGUGGUGUGAGCUAAUAAUAUAAACGAUUGAUGUUUAAAAAAAAAUACUGUGGUAGAGUGUUGUUGACACAUGGAAAUUAGCUUCCACUGUUUGAGCAUUGAUUGUAAAAACUAAAAAUCGGUUAAAUUAGCCAUUCCAGUACUUUCUCAAAUUGGUGUGAUCAAGCCAGUUACGUUGUUUUGUUUUUUUCAUUGCGGAUUUACCAGCAUGUAGUGCUCCACUGCUGUUACAUAAGUAAGGAGGGGAAGAUUAAAUGUGCGAUUGGUUAAACAUCCUCUGAUUCAAACAGACACUGAAUGCUGACAUCCCAGUGCGCUCACACCAUAAGCAAAAUGACAGCAAGGUGUGUUACUAUCUCAAAUGGAAGCUACAUUUUCACGUUUGUAGGUUUUGUUCCUGGGCCUAACGCAGACUUAUGUGAUUGUCCCAAGUAUUCUAGCCAUCCCGGUACCAUAGGGAAAUAUCCACCUCUUGACUUUUUGUGCAGAUCAUCCUGAAUUUCUGCCUAGAAUCCCAUGCGAAUGGUCUGGGACACUUCACAUGUCCAGCAUACAUCCAUUGUCUGCAUAAGGGUACCAGACUCUUCAAAAGUGUAAAGGACUAACUGCUGUUGAAUCUGAGACGUAAACUUGAGGAAUCUUGUAAAAGAGAUUAAACUUCACUUUCAUUGCCAACUCAAAAUCCAGAAAACAAUUCACAGUAGUCCAAAGUCGAGUUUCCUUUAUUGUUGUGUAGGACAUUUACUGCCCAAUUCCGUAAAUGUUCCGUAAUGUUACUAUGUUUCAGACUGGUAUCUGCUGAGGUUUUACUGCAUUUUGAAUGGCCCUCGUUAAAUCGAUGUUACCCACACAUUGAACGAUGUAGAUACAUGGCAUGAUGAUUAUGUAUGUUAGUGUGAAAGAAACUGAACUGUUGCCGUAGAAGAAAAACUGUAUAUUAAUAAGACAUAUUUGGCUGAGGACUAGGGUUUACCUCUAGUGCAACAUGAUAGUUUGUUAUUAGAAAACAAACAAGAAAAAUAACAAGAAAAGUAGCCAGACAUGGCCACAAAGCUCAAAGAAAUUUUCUUUUUCUUUUCACAUUAAACAAAAUCUCUGAACACUUGUGUGCCUUAGCGUAAUUUCUCGAGUUGAUUUGUUGGAGAACAAUCUUAAAUAUUGUAAAUUGGGCUUCAAGUAUUCAAACAGUGUUUAAUUAAGUAAUGUGAUUUAAUUUAUUAAAUUAUUGUAUACAACCAUCACUCACAAAAUUUGGGCCUGUGAUCAGUCCAUGGACUGUUAAUUCAUUUCUUGCCUGAACUGGACGUCAGUGAUGUACUAAAUAACACUGAUGUCACAAAUAUUUUGGUUUCAACGUGGGAAAAGUAUCCAGCUCCUACAUUAUAAUUAGGUAAUGCAGAAAGCAUUCAUGGCCGAUCCAGUGCGCUUAGUAUUCUUGCGUGACCUUUUACCUUUGAGACCAUAGAUUGCUUGUUUCCAUACUUUUUUUUCGUUUGUUUUGGGCAAGUGGCUUCAUUCGGGGAUGCACAUUCAUCAGCAUAUAUAGGCCCAUUGACUGUUAUUACUAAAAAAGUUUGUUUCGACAUACCAAAUUAUAUGAACUGUUUCUCAAUCAUGUAUGUUGGUUUCCUUGUAGAAAAAAAAUAUUAAUAACAUUUUAGGUAGAUAAGACAUGGAAAUUUGCAGCUUUAAAAUAAAAUGUUUGUAAUAUGACAGAAAUGAA